CGUUGUAACUGACACCACCCAACGCUGUUAUCCUUCAUUCCUCCUUCUUCUUCUCAUUCUUAUUCUUCUUCUUCUUCUUCUUCUCCCUUCUUUCACAAUUCACACUCUCCCUCUCUUCUACGAUGGAUACCGAGCUUCUCCAAAUCGAACCCCCUCAUCUCACCUUUGUCUUUGAAUUGAAGAAACAGAGUUCCUGCCUCGUGCAUCUUGCCAACAACGCCUCUCAUUAUGUUGCUUUUAAGGUUAAAACGACGUCGCCUAAGAAAUACUGCGUUAGACCAACCAUUGGCAUCAUCAAGCCUCACGCUUCCUGUGAUUUCACCGUUACUAUGCAGCCUCAGCGCUCAGCACCACCGGAUUUCCAAUGCAAGGACAAGUUCCUCAUUCAGAGCACCAUUGUUCCCGUUGGAACAACACCCGAUCAAAUCUCUUCUCAAUUCUUCUCUAAGGAGACCGGCAACUAUGUGGAGGAGAAGAAGCUCAGGGUUGUUCUCAUCAGUCCUCCUUCUUCGCCGGUCUUGCUUCCGGUGAACUCAGAUCUCUACCACCACGACUCGCUAGCUGGCUACAAGGAUAGGAUUCCAACUGUGGAUGGACUUGAAAACCUACCUCCCUCUCUUACAGUUGCUGAGGAGAAAAGUUUGGAACCAACACAGGAUAUGGAGGAGGACACGACUGGUGAGGACAUGAUUUCGAAACAUGUGGAGAAUGACCCUCGGACUCAGAGUAAAAUUGAGGUUGAGAUUGGCAUGAAGCAAGGGGAGGAUGAUUUGCGGUUGAAUUUAGCCAAGGAUUAUGAGGAAUUGAAGUCAAGGCUAAGUAUAAUGGAGUCUAAGCUAAGAGAGGCUGACGAAACAAUUGCGAAGCUAACUGAAGAGAAGUGCACAAACACUCGAGAAAAGAAUCUGCUUAAGUUAGAGUUGGAGAUGUUGAAGAGGAAAAGGAAUAUGAAAAGACCUCAGGUGGGGUUUCCAUUGUUGUUUGUUUGCGUGGUUGCACUUGUCAGUGUGACAGUGGGAUAUUAUGUGCAUCCAUAACGAUAUCAUGUGCAAUUGUCUAUAUCAAUAUUAGUAUAUAUAAUAGACGUUAUUAUAAAGAGAAACCAUAUUUGUAUCAUUUUUGUGUAAUAUAAUUGUAAACUGAAUUACAUUAUCAUAUUAUCCAGGUCUUUUUCAUUUUA